GCGUCACGACAGACACGCCCAGUCUUUUCCUCCUCACUGCUGUGUGCAGAAAAGUCAGGAAACACAAGUUCAACCGCAUCUUUUAUGUACCGUUAGCCGAAUACCGUUACUCUGCUACCGAUCCAAAGCAAGGUAGCCAGGCAGGAGAAACAGGAAACAUGGCGAAAACGUACGACUAUCUGUUCAAAUUGCUGCUCAUCGGAGACAGCGGAGUGGGCAAGACGUGUCUGCUGUUUCGAUUCAGUGAGGACGCGUUUAACACCACUUUCAUCUCCACUAUAGGAAUUGACUUCAAAAUCAGAACAAUUGAGCUGGAUGGGAAGAAGAUCAAGCUUCAGAUCUGGGAUACAGCCGGACAGGAGAGGUUUAGAACCAUCACCACUGCAUAUUAUAGAGGAGCAAUGGGAAUUAUGCUGGUGUAUGAUAUCACAAAUGAGAAAUCAUUUGACAACAUCAGGAACUGGAUCAGGAACAUUGAGGAGCACGCAUCAUCGGAUGUGGAAAGGAUGGUAUUGGGUAACAAAUGUGACAUGAAUGACAAGAGACAAGUUUCAAAAGAAAAAGGGGAAAAGCUAGCUAUUGAUUAUGGAAUCAAGUUCUUGGAAACCAGUGCAAAAUCUAGCACAAACGUUGAAGAGUCCUUUGUCACUCUUGCUAGGGACAUCAUGACCAGACUAAACAGAAAAAUGAAUGAGAAUAACCCUUCGGGUGGAGGAGGAGCAGUGAAAAUCACAGAGAGUCGGUCUAAGAAGCCAAGCUUCUUCCGCUGCACUCUGCUCUAACCCAGCAACUCAGUGUGUGAAUGACUUCAAUCAUUUCUCUAUGUGUGUUUGAGCUCAGUGUGUGUGUGUUUAUGCGAGAGUUUACAGUACCACUGGACUUUCAGCUGUUAGCUGCUGCUGAGAGCUCUGGACUUUAGUCUGCCUCAUCUAAGGCCUGAAGAAAGUAUGCUAGAUAAAAGACUCUUGAGCUGUUCCCAAAACAUUUCUUUUAAACCAAAAUAUCCAUCCACCUUAACCCUCCCUGGGCCAAUCAUAAUUUAGUGUUGCCUGAUUUGAAUUUUGAAAA